CCAACUCUCUUUAUUUGCAUUUAGCCUCACAUUCUCUUCACUGACCAUGGAGGCUAGCCUGAUAACUUCCUCUCAUUCUGCUGCCAGCUUUCUCAAGAAAGAGCACAGUCCAAUAAGUCAUUUCUUCUUUUCCUGGUUCGCCUGCCGGAAGAAACUCACCGGCGGCGGCCAGAGUAACCUGGUUGUCGCUAGGGCGAAUAAGAGGAAGGAGAAGUCUGAUGCACACAGCUUCAUUCCGAAGCCUGACGAAGCAACUGGGCCUUUCCCGGAGGCCGUGCUCCUUAGAAAGAAAGUAGUCAAGGAAGAUGGAAGAGUUGUACCUGAAUUUGCAGAUGCUGAAGAAGAGAAAUUAUACGAGUUUCUCAAACUUCAGCUUGAGAGUGACCUGAAACUUGAAAAAAUUCGGCAUUAUGAAGUGGUUUAUCUAAUCCAUGAAGAUCAUAUUGAAGAGGUUGAUAAUGUUGUUUCCAAAGUUCAAGGUUUCAUCAGAGAGAAGAAGGGAAGGAUUUGGAGGCUGAAUAAUUGGGGGCUUCGUAGGUUGUCUUACAAGAUUAAAAAAGCAAGCAAAGCAAAUUAUAUUCUGAUGAAUUUUGAGAUGGAAGCCAAGUGGAUCAAUGGUUUCAAGAACAUGCUUGAUAAGGACGAACGCAUCAUCAGGCAUCUGGUGAUGAAAAGAGAUGAAGCCAUCACUGAGGAUUGCCCUCCCCCUCCUGACUUCCACACUAUUAAAGCAGCACAAGGAUUUGAUGAGGAUUACGAAGACGACGACAAUGAUGAUGACAGCGAUGAGGAUUACGAAGAAGAAGAUGACGAUGAUGAUGAGCUGCGAGUGCAAGCUGAUAGUUUAGAAGGUGUUGGUGAUAAUGAUUUUGGUAUUGAUGGUGAAGUUAGUAGUUCAAAAAGCUCAAAGAGAAGAUAGCAAGAUAGUUUAUUGAUUUUCUUAGCUGUUGAUUGUUGUCUCUAGUUAUCUGGUAAUUAUUUGGAAGGUUUUUAUACGUAAUUAUUUUCAACAAUAAUGAUGAAAUUUCUUUAUUAUGAACAGAACUGUAUGUACUUUUUUUAUGGUC